GAAUUAUUCACUGCAAGGACAGACAUUAAUGAUCUAGUUUGACUGACCCGAUAUAAGCGUAUAAAAAAUUAUCUGUCAGGUCUCCUUUUAAAAAAUCACACUGUAUGAGGAUUCUGUGACACCUAUCUGUCAGCCAGCAUAACAAACUGAAGUUUUACGUCAAGAGAAGAAAAAUUUCAGUUAAACAUCAAGUGAAACAGAGGAUAUGCAGAAGUAUCAACCACUAACGAAACUCCUCUCUGUGGAAACGUUGCAAAAGGGAUUCGUCUGUAUUUGCGCGGCAGCUACACUGUUCAGCAUCUCGAGUAUGCGGAUGACACUUGCAGCUGCGAAACCACUCUAUGGAAGGCAGAGGGUCAACCAGGAGGGGAGCACCGAGGAAGUAGUCGAUCUUGUGCCAUUCUUAUAUACUUGAAUGUGAUGGAAAACUAAUACAGGA